CCACAAAUAACGUCUGUGGUGCAACCAUGCUGCUUCGCCGGCUGGUCAACUCCGGCCAUCCAGCACCUCGCAGCGCUACAUCGCACGCAUCGGCUUGCGUGCCUCGCCAAGCCAGUGUGGCUCGCCCCGUGGCGUCGCAGGGACGACAGGAGCUAGCGCCUCGAGCUUCGGCUGGGGGUUCCGGGCUUGAGCCUUCGCAGCAAGCAGUGGAUGACGCCAUUAUCGUUCCCAUGCGCCUUGCGGACCUUGGGCGGCUGCGCUUCGGCAGGUUCCAGGGGUGCAAGAAGGGCAUGCAGGGCUGGCACAAGCUGUUCCCCAGCCAGGCCAAACUGGCAGCCCAGGCGUAUGAGAGCAAAGGGGCGCAGCAAUACCCCAUGGUCGACGUGUGGCUGCGUGAUGGGUUAAGCGGCUGGGCACCGGUGCAGCUGCGGCUGGUACACGACAGCAGGGGCUGCUACGUGCUCAAGUGCCUCCGCAGCGACGCCGAUGCGCUGGGCCUGGAAGUGGGAGACAGCCUCGCGCUGCUGGCGCUGAGGCUGGCCUCCGAUAGCGUCAUUGCGUUGGCUGCCUGCACGCCCUCUGGAGAGCUCAAAGCAGGAGGAGCGCUAGGGGGCGCCGGAGGUGCCGCUGCAGGUGUGCGUGCCGCGGCGGCCGCCGCGGCGGCUGCGCGCGCCUCAACACCGCCGCCGCCGGCCUUCACAGCCGCAUACUCCAUCAGCCAGCAGCAGCAGGCAGGCGGCAGCAGUGAGGUAUUGCUGGAGGUGACCCUGCCCUCGCUGACCGACAUGGGGGCCGGCGGCAGCGGAGCAGCGGGUGUGCAGGAGCCGGCAGACCAGCAGCGGAUGACGCUGCUACUCGUGCAGGUGCAGCCACACCACGAUCCUCACUCUCUUCGACCCAAGGCCCACGACAUGCAGUCAACCCCCUGCCUCGUGACGUGGCAACGGCAGGCUGGCGGUGAUGGCGCCGGUUUCGCCGACGGGGCCUUGCUGCGGGGCCUGCCGGCCGCCCUGCUGCCGGAGCUGCCUCCACAAGGCCGGCUGCUGGUGCUGCCGGCACAGAGCCUGGCGGUGCUGGUGGCGGCACCGACCCAGGCCACAACGGCAUUGGCGGCUGUUGGAGCCCCUGCAGUGGCUGCCAAGCCCCAGCCGCCGGAGGUGCCGACUGCCGCAGCCACCAGCAGCAGUGCCGCCAGCAGCAGCACCGCCAGCAGCAGUGCCUUGGCCAGCGGCCACAGCACUACCAGGGCCCGCCCCGCCGCCACCCUGCCGCCGCUGGCCUCGCCUCCCCUGCUGGCGCUGUUCACCGUGGGCGGCCCAGUGGAGGGCGCGGAUGCGGGUGGGCUGCUGCAGCUGGUCGCUGAGAAGCCGUUGCAGUGGGAGACCCUGGUGCAGGCCUGGGGAUUGGCGCACGACUGCAUGACGCAGCAGCAGCGGCGGCAGCAGCGGCAGGCAGUGGAGGUGUGCCUGCCCCAGCUAGUGCCCAGCACCGCGGCUGCAUCUGGCGAGCCGUCAUUCGCCGUGCGGUGGCCGCGUGUGCCCAUGUGGCUGCUUGCUGCGGGCCCGGACGCAAGGGGUGCGGGUGACGACAGCUCGGGGCCGGUCCUGUGCUGCCGGUCUGAGGCCCUGCACGUGCUGGGCCUACAGCCUGGAGACCGCCUGGCCCUGCACCCGGAGGGGCCCGGCCGUGUGAUUCUGGUGGUGCCACCCAGUCGUGGCAAUGCGACAGCGGCGCACACGGUCGCCGGCGGCGGUGGCAUCGGGGCGCCGGCGGCGGCUGCACCUCCCGGCCCUGAGCCGCUCCUGCUGACGUGGAACAAAGAGCUCCGUGUGAAGGUCAACCUGCACGAGGGGCGGUCCGACUGGAUUCCGCUGUUCCCAACGGAAACCCCGCUUGCCCGCGGUGACGGCGGCCGGCAGCCGGUGCCGCAGGAGGUGGUGCUGUGGGCGCCGCCGCAGCUGGCGCCGGUCCCGGCGGCCGCCCGCAACCCGCACGCUCCGGUGCCCCUGCACUUUGGUCUAGCGCUAAACAACCCCGGCCGGCGCGGCAAGUAUAUGAUGUCCACUUAUCGGUCUCGCAUCUCGGGCCGCAUGUCCCAGGCGCCGGACGGCAGCGUGAUGGCGGUGAUGCCCGGCAGCCGCCUGGUGGUGGCCUGGUGGUGGCCGCCCGCCCACAACCCCGCCGCUUCCGUCGAGGGCGGUAGCGCAGAGUAGCCAUGCACACCAGCGUUAUCAGGCGGGCCGCGGGGGCAUGCAGGGGCGGCUGGGGCAUCAGCAGCUGCUGUAACACUGUGCAUCACCGCGGCUAUGGACCUGAUUUUGGCCGGACGGCACCGGGUUUCGUUAGGGCGGUGACAUGCUAGGACGUGGACAAUGGGAGGGAGGAGGUCUUGAGCAUAAGAGCAAACUAAAUAAUGCAGAUGGCAAUGCACAGAGUGGAUGUUGGCAUGUUUCGAGGUUGCGGCACGGGAGUGAGGUUGCUCCGGCGAAGGGACUUCACCGGAAGGACCGGACAGUAUUGUAUGAUCAUAUGAGGGGCUUCUGAUUUGUCCUUCUGGAUGCAACGUUACACGAAGGGUUCCUGGGAUAUGUCGGCCAUAUGUAGGUUCCAACAGGCUGAGUCACGACAAGUAAGGCAAAGGGGCACCAUGUAGCAGUGAUGGAAGAGAACAACCUGUGUCUUGUGCCUAGGAGGGUGGGAAUUUCGGGGAUUGGCUGUUUUUGAGUGGUUGGGACCCUGGGACCCGUUUCCAAGCACUGUUGCAGUUCCCUAGCGGGCCGGCCCAGCACUGCUGGAUGCCUGGGCGGGACAACGGAUGGCUCGGCGGGGACUGUUGGUCGGGCCGACCCGGGAUGCUGGAUGGCCCGGCGGGGACUGCUGGAUGGCUGGGUCGGGGUCACCCCAGCACUGUUGAAUGUUACACGCGGCGUGCUGUUAUGACUGCGCCGCGGACCAUGGAGGAGCGUGGGGGUAUGCCAUGGGUAUUGCAGGGUAGGCCGCUUCGAACAGCGUGUUUUUGUGCUUCCAUGUCAUGCCCUCAGAAUUCAACACCUUCGUUACGCCUUAGCAUCAAUACUAUAGUGAGCUAUGUUCACGCUAUAGCGGCCGUUUAUAGCUAAACGCUAAACCCCGAAAUGAUGUCUCUGCGGAAGACGUCCAGCGUUCGUUUUAGUUUACCCCGAUUAAUUGUGCACAUGUAAUAGGUUGUUUUCAUUGGUGUGGGCAAAGACUGUGACGAAAUGGGGCCGGGGCACCCGAGAUGGCCGAAGCGAACCAGUGGUUCGUCCGGCUCGCUGGCCGCUUCUGGGCGCCUCAAAGGACGGGCUUGAG